UUGUCCAUAUGUCACCUGGUGUCUCCAGUGCUGGAAAUAGAAGGGAGGACGUAUCAUCUUGAGCAGACGAUGAACUUGUGUCUUUAAAUGUCGUUAUUGUCAUCUUCAACAGAAAUGCACUGAAAAUAGGUUGAAUGAGAGAAGAGGAAGAGAGCAAACAAUGCUCCACUGCAGGAGGUGCCGGAGAGUCCUCAUUGACUUGGUGUGUUUGUUGGAGCAGGUUGAAGGCACAGGUGAAAACGAAGCUUCCGUCUGCACUGUUUGGCACGUGAAUGUUGACGCUGAACUUCCAGAGUGGAUUCUGAACUCCGUUCACCAGGCCAAGUGGACUGUCGGAAAACUGAAUUGCCAGAACUGCAGGGCUCGUUUGGGCAGCUUCAACUUCAUUCAUCACAUUGUGUGUCCUUGUGGACAAGACGCCGCCGUCCAUCUCAGUAAAAGCCGCGUGGAUUACGAUCACAGACAUUAUGUUCAUAGUGUCCAGUUGAGGAGGACAGGUCUUGAGAGCGGACAGGCUGUGCUGUGGACAGGCAGCUCUGAGCAUGAAGAGGAGCGACUGGAUGGGUUCCAGCUUCUCUGUCCUGCCGUUGACUCCCACAUCAGCCUGGAGCAGACCACUAAUCCACUGACGGACAGUGAAAGCACCACAUCUUUUCCUGAUAGUCCUCUGGACUGUAAGUCUAAAAAAAAAAGCUGCAGAGUACAACAUGUCUCUUCCAGCAGGUCUUCACAGUUUUGUCCAGCUACAGAUUCAUCGGGACAGUCUGUCGUCUCUUAUCCCUUAACUCAACUGAUUGACUCGAAUGGUGAAGGUUCAGUCAGUGCUGCUGCUCGUCUGUCCCCUGUUUCUAUGAGGAGGAUGUCCUUGCUUGAUCAGUACCAGCACACAGAGGAGGAGGACUUAGACGUCCACGAGGAGGUUUCUGAUACUGUCUUGUUCCUGAGAGGAAGCGCCACUGAGCUGGAAGAGGAGAUGGCACCUCAGGCCUCUGCUGCCUCCACAGCUUCAAGCAGAGGGAGUAAGAGGGAGAAGAACCAUCUGAAGGGUCUGAGGAGGAAACAGAAGAGGCGAGAGCGCUGGUUGCAGGAACAGACUGUUGACGCUUUCCUGAUGGGGGACAGAGACCACUACUCCUGCCCCAUAUGUCUGGACAUAUACUUGAACCCCCACAGCUGUCGGCCCUGUGGCCAUGUCUUCUGUGAACCAUGUCUGCGAAAACUCGCCAAAAACCAACCAACAAGCACGCCGUGCCCUCUGUGUCGCACGCUCAUCUCACACACCGACUUCCAAAAAGAGCUCAGUGAGACGGUGAAGAUCUUCUUCCCCAGAGUGUACAACACCAACAAGCAGAACUUCAUGAGCAGCUCUUCUGCAAAGUGGCCUUUGCCCAGCAUCAGUAAAACCUUCCCACUGUUCUGGGGGUCUGAGCGACGGGCUGCAGCAGCAGGCAGGCAUUGGCAUGUCGCAUAUCCAGCCUUCAGCCUGGAUGUUCUCAGCUUGGGUAGCUUGCGAGGACGAAUGUUCGACAUCGGCCUGGUCAUUGUCUGCAUCCACUCAUUCAGCUGGAUCCUUGGUUUUCUGCUUUUCUUCCUCAUCACGUACUACUUCUUCUCCUGAGCCGCCGAGCAGCACAGGUGUCAAAGUAAAACCCGCGAGCUCAGGUUUUAAAUGGACAAAAAUAAUGCAUUCUGUUCUAUUAGAAGACGUAGUUGAGGCGAACAGGACAUUUCCAAAAAAAUGUAUAUGUGAGAAAAGUUGCAAUUUGUUAAUUUGUCAGUCAUUUUUAUACUCCUUGAAGAUAUUUUGAGAACUAAAUGAAUCUGUGUGAAAUAAUGUCAUAAAGAGCAGCAGUGCUCAAAAGUGCUUUGACAUUGGUGGCAGGUGAAGAACAGUCUAAGUUGGGCUCUGCAACACCAAACAAGUAAUGACGACGACUCUGGGAUUCAGUGCAAAAUAGGAACACACAAAAUAAAAUUUAUCAAACAUGGAAUAACAUUUUUCCAUUUUUACUAAAAUAUAGUAAUUUAUUUCCAGUAGAACCGGCAAAUCUUAGUAGAAAUCAUUCAUCUAAGAACUGUCAUACAUGUACUUUUUGUAUUCAGAUAAAUAUUUCAGUAAAGUUCACAACAUUUCUAUGAAUCAAAUUUUUCUAUAAUCUGCAGAGGUAAUGAGCAAGUAUCUCAGUGCCAGUGGGAGCUGGAGAUGUAACCGUAGUUGUUUGUUGUUGCAGUCUUUUCUGUCUUUGGGAGACAAGUAUCAUCCAAACAGACUGGAAGAAAGAACUUGUUUUUCCUCUCUGGAAAAGAAAGUGUGAUGGUCCUGAUCACAUUUACCAUGGGGGUAUUGCUGUGCUGGGCGUGGAUCGUGCCAAUCAUCCUCAUAUAGGUCAUUCUCCAUAGGAUUCAGUGCCAGCUGCUUACUGCUCGUUAACCAGAACAGGUUGAUUUCACGCCCAAGAAAUCAACAGUCCACCUCAUCCUAACUGUGAGUACUCAUGAAUAUGGAGAGGACUUUUUUGGAGCCCUUGUUCGUUUUCAGAUAGAAUAGAAUCUAUGGGACAUCCGGAGUUUUCAUGGAAUCUCCAUAUUUGUGGACACACAAUCACUGUGAGUGUUGGGCAGGCUCUGACUUCUCAGUAAAGUCUGGUGACUUGUUCUGACUCCUUCUUUGCUCAUUCCCUGCGUGGACCUUGAGUCUGCAGAGGAAUUGUGGGAUUAGUGGAUGCUAUGAAUGCAGCACUGAAGAACCUGAAUGAGUAGUCCAGUUUGAAGUGGUUCUGGAUCAUGACAAUCCAGGCUUUAUAUGGAUUAUUUUAUUUUCUGCAGGUUCACUUUGCUCAUCCAGCUCCCUCUCAGAUCUUCUGUUAAUUUUCUGACAACAAACCAACUUGAACACAAGCACUAACAACAACGUAAAACCAAGAAUUUUC